UUUGUUAUCGCUCGCAGUUGAAACUUGAAAGUGCUGUCAAAUUUAUGUUAGCUGAAAUUUGAAAGCGGCAUGAUUUCACAUAGUCGUUGAGUUAACUCUGCUUACAAUAAAACUUAUUUUAUUUCAGUUUAAUUCUUUAAGGUUUUGAGGUCUGCCACCUGAUCCAAUACUCCUGCAGUCUCAUACCAUCUUGAGGUCUUUGAUGAAAACUUUUUUGCCGGCGGCAAUGAUAUUCGGCCAGAUACAUGCCCCAUCAAGUAAUCGUUCAGAGAUGAACGUGCAAAGAGAUUUUUAUAUGAAAGCCCUAACCAAUAUUGGUUAUGCUAUCAAUACCUCCUGGGACUUGGAACAGGUGGAGAAACUACUUUUUAAAUGUUCUACAAAGAGGAAAACAAUCCUUAAAAAAGUAGCCUGUGCAAUAGAAAAUAAGGAUAGAGAUGAUUACACAGAUGAAGAGUUGCUUCGAGUAAUCAACAGUAUUGUUCACAUCCCUAAGAACUUGGACAAAUCAUUCAUUGAAGGUGUUACAACUAAAUCAAUUCAGAAAAAAUUAUGGUCCUCUAUAUUUCAUGAAUUGAAACAUUUAAGUUUUGUGGAACCAGCGAAACAGAUAUCGGUUGAAAAAUACUUUUAUUUCCUUAACAAAUUAGUAAUUGAGAAAAAGUUUCCUUAUGAUACGGCUGUUGAAAUGUUUGGCGUUCAAGAAGAAUGUAAUGAAACGGAGGGCCCAAACGUAACAGCGGACUUGAUCGCUGAGCUCGAUAAAACCAUUAUGGAGACAAAGGCAAAAAUGAAAAUCAGUCACACUGAUGAAAUUGUAGAGGUUCCAACAUUCGAAAAAAUUGAUUGUUUGGUAAAACCGUUAGCUGAUUUUAAUAAAAGAUGCAAAGAAAAAGAGAUAAAAUGUGAUGAGAAUGUUAUCACCGAAGUAACUUGCAAAUUAGAAAAUAUUACAGAUAGUUUUAAAACCAUAAGUGAUAUUAAAUCCUUGCAAGGAGAAGAGAAUUUCUUAAAGUAUGGUGUUUUAUGUAAUUAAUAAACAAACUUAAUUUUAUAACAUUUUAUAUUUACAAAAUUGUGUCACAUUUGUAUGUAAACU